AUGUCUGCUUCAUUAAAAAAGAUCGAUUCAUCAAACGUUUCAGUAAUGUCUGCUACUUCCAGUUUGGAUACUGUUAAAUCCAAGACAAAGUCUAUCUUUGGUCGCAACAAAAGUCAAAAACCUGAUAAGUUGUUUGCAGGAAGUAUUAACACUUCUACCCUUAAAAAAGAUAUUUGGCAACAAAGCCAGAUUUAUGAUGAGAAUAAAAAGUUUGCAACAAUUUUCCUCACCACGUAUGAUAGACAAAAACAAAAUAUUCAACUUCACAUAUUUAAUAAUGCUUCAGCUGAAGGCUUGUCGAGAUGGUUAAGGGUUCAUAGAACUGGGCCUAUGAACAGUUCAUUGCAGGUACACAGUAGCUUUCUGAGUCAUUCUCAAAAUUAG